UCAUCGUUUCUCGCUCAGUGGCCAUAUUUGUUGAUGUGUCAUAUCAAAGUGACUUGUUGGGGCUAUCAGCUGGUUUGACAGCGACCCCGAAGUUCGCCUUUACUUCGUUUAUCUCCGCACCGAACGACUUCAUGGAUUAUUCGCAUUCGAUUUAACCUCGGGAAGGACCAUGGACCAGCCUGGUCCUGCUUUGGAUGCCCACACGAUGGACGGGUUGGAGGCUGAAUCUUUGUCUGAGGGAUCUCCUAUUGUGAAUCAGCUCAACAGCAGCGAAGCCAACAUGGAAAAUGAAGAACAAAUAAAUCACAAUACUGCAGAGGAAGCAGAAAGAUGCAGCCUGCCAAAGGAUGGAGAACAGCCUGAAAGGGAGUUAAUCAAGUGUACAACAGAUGUUCAGAUCCACACAAAGGUAGAGCCGGAAGCUCAAACAUGCAGCCAGGACCAGGUGGAGGAGAUGUGUGAUGAUACUGGCUCUAAAAACAAUACAGUUUCUGUGGAAGGCCGGACAUCUUUGUUGUCAGGUGAGGCUGACAGAGCUGUGCUAGCCCUCGAAACGUCUUUAGAUGAUGUGGCAGAAAACUCUCCUUCUGUUCUUGAAGAUACAAUAACAACUUUGUUGACUUUUGAUGAAAUGAAGGAUGCUCAUGCCACAGCUUCAACCUGCAAUGAGAAGCCACCAGUCUCAUUUACUAAUUGUUCUAACGAGCCACUGCCUGCUGCUGCUGCUGCUGAUGAUGAUUCAGCUGAAAGUCCAUCAUCCACUUCCAAAAGCUCCCCUUCUGACUCCACAACCACGUCUGGGAUCUCUAAUGGCCCGUCAACCCCCAAUUCUGACACUGUCAGCUCCUCACUUGCUUCCAGUCCACAAACCAGUGCCAAAACCUCAGCCCCUCAUUCUACAUCCAGCCCGUAUGACACUGACUGCAGCCGCAAGCUCAUUUCUCAGAUCCAGCGCUCGCUGUCACAGGAGUCACUGUUGGAUGAGCUUGAGUCUGAGCUUUUGGACUGUCAACUGCCUGAGGGUGAAAGUGGAGGCGAGAGGAAAGGGAGGUCACCUGUCAACGGACUCCCUACAGACCAGGAGGGCUGCAUGGUGGUCUUGGAGAAAUGUGUGCAGUACAAGUAUGCACAACAGGAGAAAGCUAUUCAGAGGUUACUUGAGGAGAAUAAAAGACAUCAGGAGCUGAUCCUGGGUAUCUGUUCAGAGAAGGACAACAUGAGGGACGAGCUGAAAAAGAGGACAGAGGCAGAAAAACAGCUCAUCACCACCAUUAAAAAGUUGGAGGGCAGGGUGGAGGAGCUACUAAAGGAAGUGAAUGAGUCGCGGGAUAAUCUUACCCAUCAGGACCAGGUUACAAAGGCUACUCUCCAGCAGAUGCAGAAGGAGAUGGCCCACCGACUAGAACAGGCGAACAAGAAAUGUGACGAGGCACGCCAAGAGAAGGAGACCAUGGUGAUGAAAUACGUGCGGGGGGAGAAAGAAGCGCUCGACCUGAGACGAGAUAAGGAGAGUUUGGAGAAGAGACUGAGGGAAGCCACCAAGGAGGUGGACCGUCAGGCAAUCCGCGGAAACCAGCUGGCUCAGGAGAAAGGCAGACUGCAGCAGCUCUUUGAUUCCAAGGAAAGCGAGGUUAUCAGGUUGACUCGCGAGGGGGAAAAGUUGAAGGAGGAAAUCAACUCGUACCUGAUAAAGGUCAAAUGGGCCCAGAAUAAACUCAAGAGUGAGGCGGAUGCACAUAAGGAGACUAAAGAUAAACUGAGAGAGACCACAUCCAAAUUGGCCCAGGCCAAAGAAGAGACCGAGCAGAUCCGCAAGAACUGCCAGGACAUAAUCCGAACAUACCAGGAAUCAGAAGAGCUCAAGUCCAAUGCACUGGAUGCUAAACUGCGAGAGACCAAAGGAGAGCUGGAGAAACACAAGCAGGAACAAACAGACCAAUUAGAGGUGCACCGAGUAAAAGCCAGGGAGCUGGACGACCUGAAGAGGAGUUACAAAGAGGGCAUGGAUGAGCUCUGUACGUUACGCACCAAGUUAAAGUGUUUAGAGGACGAGCGUCCACGCUGGGAGGACGAGCUGAGCAAGUACAGGGAGAUCAUCAACCGGCAGAAAGCUGAGAUCGGCCGCCAGAGAGAUAAGCUGGAUGAGGUCACCGCGCUCGAGGAGCAGCAUGAACGAGACAAACAGGAGAUUGCGUCACUCCGUGAGGAAGCGGCCAGCUUUUCCAACCAGAUGACCGACCUCCAGCGUGACAUACAAGGCAGCAGGGAGCGCGAGGCCGAGCUGCUGGCCUUCACUGAGAAGCUGAGCAGCAAAAACGCCCAGCUCCAGUCGGAGAGCAACGGACUUCAGUCUCAGCUGGAUCAGCUCAGCAGCAGCUUUACCGAGCUCAAGGCAAAGCUGGAGGAGACCAACAGGCUUCUAGAUGACAAGUCACGGCAGCUGAAGCAGGAGGAGGUGCUGAGGCAGCAGGAGGUGCAGGGCCUGCAGCAGGAGCGGACUUCUCUGCAGACAGAGGUGACCCAGCUGAAAACCAGAGUGGAGGAACUGAGGGACGAACUGGUGACUCAGAAAAGGAAACAAGCUGCCAACAUAAAGGAUCUGACAAAACAACUAACGCAAGCCCGUAAGAGACUAGAGCAGACUGAGAAUGGAGGCUGUGACCGGGAUGUCAGCAGUAUGGGCAGUCGCUCUAGUUCCUCAGGUACUGCUCCUGGAUUUGGCUCUCUGAAUGCACGUCCCAGUGGGAGCAGUGGCAUCGAGGAGCGGUCGCCAGAGAGCCAGUCGGGUCCUUCGGUGAUGGUCGUGGACAGUUUCCCACAGGUGGACAAGGCUGUGCUGGUGGAGCGCAUUGUCCGUCUGCAAAAGGCUUUGGCUCGCAAGCAGGAAAAAAUCGAGUUCAUGGAAGACCACAUCAAGCAACUUGUGGAAGAGAUACGCAAAAAGACCAAAAUUAUCCAGAGCUACGUGCUAAGAGAGGAGACGGGGGCCCUGUCGUCGGAGGCAUCCGACAUUAACAAGGCCAACCUGAGCCGGCGGGGAGGCAUUAUGGCUUCGCUCUACACCUCCCACCCAGCAGACAGCGGCCUGACUCUGGAUCUGUCACUGGAGAUCAACAGGAAGCUGCAGGCUGUGCUGGAGGACACACUGCUGAAGAACAUUACUCUGAAAGAGAAUCUACAGACACUCGGGGCCGAGAUCGAGAGGCUCAUAAAACAGCAGAGAGACCCCGAUGACGGCGUGAGGAGGAAGUGACACGAUCGCAUUGCAAGGAAGAGAAAACAACUACCUGAGGAAUCUCCAACCCGGACAACCUAAUCCGAGAGAUGAAAUAUAUACACACAGCUAUUAUUCACCUUAACAUAUGAAGGAGCAAACUGAAGGUUGAUAAGUGUCAGUAGCAGCUCAUGUUUGCUGUAUGGAAGUCCUCAGUCUCUGUCCGUCCCGUGGAACAUUUACUUGAACUUUAAUGACUCCAUCUGCAUUGUUCCACAUCCAUUUCCUCCUCUGAAAAAAAACAAAUCCUCCUCUGGCUAACGUCCAUCUCCUCUGAGCCUUUGCCAACACGAAACUAUUCAGGCUUGAAACGCAGACUGCCUUGUAAAAUGAUUGACCGAAGAUGCCAUACAUUGUGAAUGUAAAGUAAAAUCUCGCUGGGAAAUAAAUAUAUAUAUAUAUAUAUAUAUUAAAAAAAAGAAAAGAAAAGAAUCUCCUGGUACAUUUUCACUCCUUCACAGUGAAUCGAAGUUGAACUGAUCGUCAGCCAGCAUGUGCGCUCUGCUUGUCUCCUGAUGUCCGUCUGCCAAUAAACCACAUGUAUUUGUGUGAAGAAGUCACAGGAGUGAAGAAGAAACGGGGGGGGCUUGUGGCCCCGGCUCGCGGGGACCUUGUGUGCUGUCAUUUUUUCAUCAGCUGCUCAGCACAGCACUUAAAAAGACUCAUCUUUACAACGCCAGGUGCUCGACAUACACAAGCACGCUGCAGCACCGUAUGGAAGAAUCUUGAUGUCGUGUAAUGUCAUGCGAUGGUUCAAAUGUAGAGCUGGUCUUGAUUUUGGCCAAUUUGAAUGUGAUUGUUUUUCUUUCUUUCUCUCUUCUUUUUUUUUUAUUUAUUUCCAAUUUUGUUGGCUUCAAAUUCUUAUUUGCAUAAUGUCAGUUUUCAGUUGUAGCCGUUUUGUUUGUUUUACUUUAAAUAAUGAGCUUAGUUUUAAUUUAGAACGUUUGGAUUAAGGCCUUAAACCUUUUCUUGCUUUUCCCUCACUAGACUGAGACGUUCCUGUCGUGGACAUCGUUAAAGCUGCGGCUGCAGAGUUUGCGGCUCACAGCUCGCUCACAGCUCGCUCACACCAGAUUAGCGCAGGCUGACAUCUCCGUCUCUGAUAAGCUCCGCCCACAUCGACAUGUGUUUUGUAGGAUUUACUGCCAGACACUAUUUUAGACUAAACAAGUUUUCCUUCGUUUAUGCUUCUUUGCAGCUGAAGCAGCUGUUUCCAAUACUGCGAUAGCAACCUUUCCACUAAUGGCGCGUACAUAUCCAAGUUUUCCAUCGUGGCCCAGAUUUCCCCCAAGGCUGGAAACACAGUCGAGAAAAGGUGCAGGAGAUUACGGCGUCGUUCACACUGAAAUCUGUGAGAUGCUGAAGGAUUAUUGUGGAAUUAUUGGUCAAAAACAACAGAAAUAGGAUUACGUAACACUUCAUGGAUGUAGUCCUCCAGUUGCCAGACAAACUCCACGACACCAGCUGUCAAUCACACUGGUGUCCACUCGUGCUUCAUUGUCUAUUCCACUCCAAAUGGGAGCAUCAUUUAGUGACAUGAUGUUCUAUUAGGGAUUGAGAACAUUAACUCCUCAGGAAAGGUUUUAACUGACAUCAUAAAUCAAGUGUGCAGCAGGCUCAUUUUCCCUGACACUUCCAUUGAAAUUGUUUCUUCUUUUUUUUUCUUUUUUCUUUUUUUAGCAAAAAGCAGAGUCGCCCCCUGGAGGCCAACUGCUACUUCCUAGGCUUCACUCUGUAUUUAGUUACAGUCGAUGGAUGUGACCUGGUGGGGGAAAAGGGAAGAAGUGUUAAGAUAUCCCUGUUGAUCUUUCUGUUCUCUCUCGCGUCAGGAAAGCUAUCGGCUCCUGUGGAUAAGUAAGCAGGGACAAAGUGCAAUGCUGUUCCUUCCACUGGUUUGUUUUCCCCGCUCUGUUGUGAAUGUGAUUGUGUAGCAGUAUGCUGUCAGAAUAUUUAAGUGUCCAAACUGUGUGUUUGUGUUUGUGUGAAGCACGUGAGCAUUUUUUUAACCCCUCGUGGUUUUUGUGUAGACACUCCAGCUGUCUGUUGGUUUUUUUUUUACCUUAUUACCCAUGAAGUUUUGUUCCUCCCAGAGGCGUAAACACCGUUCACCUGUCAGCCUCACUCCCAAGCAGCCGUACGUAACAAUGCUUCUGUCUGUUUAGUUUAUCAAAACACAAAAGGAGAUCCAGCCACUUCCACCACCUCCAUUUCAUCGAUACUUAACUUGGUCUUAAUUUGAUCUUCCUCGCAGAAGCUGUCACAGAGGAUAAGCCUCCUUGUCUUUUUCACCCCAGUGGUGAUGGUUUCUUUUAUGGCCCGUGAACGCUUACAGGCCGAUCCCCUCAGCGUUUCACCCCGAGGCUAUGUGAGGAGAGAUGAAAGUUUCCGGGAUUGAGGUCACGGGGUUCUCAGAGCCGUCCUGGUGCUGCUGCUGCUGCUGCUGCUUCUCUUCUUCUUCUUUUUUUAUUUGAUCAAAAACUGACCUCUUACCAUGUUACCAAUGGCGAACAUGUUUUGCUCUCCUUGAUAUUUAAACUUCAACCUUUUCCACUCCUAAAAAAAAACAAAACAAAGAGACUUAUGCAACUUCAUCGCAUUACAUUUAGGUUUCUGUAUGUUAGCGAGAGUGAGCCUGCGGCAGGACAGUUGGGAGUGUUUGUUUCUUUCUGGUGCAGGUGAAAAAGAAACACAACUUAUGCAAGAAGACUGGCAUGGGAUUAUUACCUUAAUUUAUUCUUCCUAAUUCUCUGAGGAAUGCUAAUAUGCUUCUCCUGAUUUGUGUGCCACCUGCGUUUCCCACAGCCUCGAAACAAAGCCAUGCUGCUGCGCUGUGUGCAUGAAUGAACAGAACAUUGUGUCUCACUCGAUGGAUAUGAAGAUUCACUGUGUGUGUGUGUGUGUGUGUGUGUGUGUGUGUGUGCGAGAGAAUGAGAAAAUGUGACAUAAAAUGAAAAGUUUGUCCCUUUUUUUUUCCCCCGUUUCUUUCCUCCUGUGCAAUGACUCCCUCUUUCUCUGUUUGGUGGAAUAUUCAAACUGUGAUUAUGAUAAUAUACAUUUGUAGAUAUGUCAUUCUGUACAAUUCUGUUUUUAAAAAACACACUGAUUCUGGAUGAUGUUUGUAUAUAAAGGUGUUUCCAGGGAUUAAAAAAAGAAAAGGAGACAAGUCUGAACUUUCUCUUGAAUGUUGA